CAGCCGAGCCAUUUGUGGAGUCUGAAAGGAUUUGAAGGUUUUUGUGGCGUGCGGGACUGAUUUCACAAUAUGUACCCCAACAGAGAGCUGGUGGAGUUUUAUGUCAAGUACAAACUGGCACAGAGGAACUACCCGUCGCCUCUGCUGAUGUCUAAGAAGAGGGAGAGCUCCAAGGCCCCUGAAGUGGCUGAAAGCAGUGCGUCGGCCCCGGACGAGGCGAGCGGCGACCACCCGCAGACGGCGUCGUGCCCGCAUGGCGACAUGGAGCUGGUGAAGGCAGCACUGCAGUCCUCGGUGGACAGGUUUGAGCUGCUCUUUGCUCAAAGGUUCAGUAACCUCGACUCGUACAUCGACAUCAUUUAUGACGCCACCUAUGGAAGCUUUAAGAUGACCAUGGACCAGGUGUUCCAGGAUGGUAUUAACUGGGGGCGCAUAGUUGGCCUCUUUGCCUUCGGGGGCAUCAUUUCUGUGAAAUGUGCAGAGAGAGGCCUGAGUGACUUGGUGCCCUACAUCGUGGACUGGAUGACCAACUACCUGGACGAGCACAUCAGCACUUGGAUACAGAGCCAUGGCGGCUGGGACUACUUCGCCGAGAUUUUCCUGGACAGUUCUGCAGCCGACGUGGGAAAGCAAUCGGAGAAGAGUUUAAGCCCCUGGAUGCUGGCUGGAGGAACUGUGCUGACAGGAGCGUUGGUCGGCAUGCUGGUGUGGAGGCUCAAGUGA